AUAAUGAGUCACUAUAGUGCGUGUAAAAAAUAAGACCGAACAAACCGACUGUCCAAAUAGUUCCACAGUGUGGAUUCUUUUUCUCCUCACGUGUUCAAUGUCAACCAAUGGCUGUAAAGAAGACGAGAGAGGAAUAUUUACCUGUAUUGACUGUACCACUAAACACAAACAUACAUUGCACUACAUAUUAAUCCAAAUCCAUGCUUAGGAGGCUGAGAACGUCGUCAUGGCAGCGAACUAUUUUGUAAAUUCACUGAUAAACAAAGAACCUCAAAGUGUGUUCAAGACCAGCGCGCAAUUCACAGACAUGUGUACAUCGCCAUUUUUAUCAGCAGACUCUUCACCCAUUUCUUCGUGCAGUUUGGAAUCCAAAAAUGCCGUCUUCACGUCGCUGUGGGAUCCUUUAUGUUUACAAAACCCCGUCUUUUUUACUAAAUAUCUGGGCACUGGAGCAGACUUGAGGUUUUUACAACCGUGGAUUGAAUCUGCAGUGAGCAGCAGAAAUGAGUUUAAAUCUGAUGACUUCUCAGAAAAUUCGGGUUAUUUCUAUAAACCAUCGACCCCCACAAAGACUCAGCAGAUCAACUCUUCUCCACUCAACCCCGGGAAGACUAAAGCAGACAAACCUGGAGUAGAUCCCAAUAACCCCGUGGUCAGUUGGAUAAGUGCAAAGUCGACAAGAAAGAAGCGUUGUCCUUACACUAAAUAUCAGAUUUUAGAGCUGGAAAAGGAAUUCUUGUUCAGCAUGUACCUGACCCGGGACCGUCGCUAUGAGAUGGCACGCGACCUCGUUCUCACGGAGCGACAAGUCAAAAUUUGGUUUCAAAAUCGGCGAAUGAAAAUGAAGAAAAUGAACACAGACAUGUUUCAAUGCAACUAGUGACUAAUGAAAACAUUUUUUAACCAAGACUUUAAUUAAACCGAAUAAUAUCAUAUUAAAUAACCCUUUAUUGUAAUAAAUAUUAUGCUUCCAAAAAUUAUAACAUUCUAUUAACUUUAUAAUGCGAAAAAUUUAACAUUUUACUUCCCCAUUUUGUUUUUCUUUUUAAUUGUACAGAUACAAUGUGUUAUUAAAGAACCAUCUGUGUUAAAGUUAAA